GCGGGGGCGGGGCCGGGAGCCGUGGGCGGCGUGGCGCUGCUGGCUGGGCGCAGGGCCCGAGCCGCGGGGGAUCGCCGGGGCUUGGCGCGCGGAACUCCGGUGUGUCGCUCGGGGAAGCUCAGGCUCACCGGCCAGAGGGGCCUCGGGCGGCGGCGGCCCUCACCGGCUAGUGCAGGGCCUCGGGCCGAGUAGGGCCGAGCGCUGCGGGAGGAAGCGGCGGCGGCGGGUCCCGAGCUCUGCGCGCCAUGGCGGGCGGGCCCCCCAAGGCCCUGCCGUCCACGGGGCCCCACUCCUUGCGCGACAUGCCGCACCCGCUGGCUGGCUCCAGCAGCGAGGAGGCCGUGGGAGGCGACAGCACGCCCAGCCCGGACCUGCUGAUGGCCCGCAGCUUCGGUGACAAGGAUCUCAUUUUACCCAAUGGUGGUACUCCAGCAGGCACUUCGAGCCCAGCUUCUUCAUCUUCCCUUCUGAACAGACUUCAGCUUGAUGAUGACAUUGACGGCGAGACCAGGGAUCUCUUUGUCACGGUUGAUGAUCCCAAGAAGCACGUCUGUACAAUGGAGACCUAUAUCACGUAUAGGAUCACCACCAAAAGCACGAGGGUGGAGUUUGACCUGCCCGAGUAUUCGGUCCGUCGAAGAUACCAGGAUUUUGACUGGUUGAGGAACAAGCUGGAAGAAUCGCAGCCCACUCAUCUCAUUCCCCCACUUCCUGAGAAGUUUGUGGUGAAAGGUGUGGUGGAUCGAUUUUCAGAAGAGUUUGUGGAGACCAGAAGAAAAGCUCUGGAUAAAUUCCUAAAGAGGAUUACGGAUCACCCCGUGCUCUCCUUUAACGAGCACUUCACUGUAUUCCUCACGGCCAAGGACUUGAAUGCCUACAAGAAGCAGGGGAUAGCGCUGCUGACCCGGGUGGGUGAGUCAGUCAAGCACGUCACUGGAGGCUAUAAGCUGAGGAGCCGGCCUCUGGAGUUCGCAGCCAUCGGCGACUACCUGGACACUUUUGCACUCAAACUGGGAACCAUCGAUCGGAUAGCCCAGCGGAUCAUCAAAGAAGAAAUAGAGUACCUGGUGGAGCUGAGGGAGUAUGGGCCUGUGUACUCCACCUGGAGCGCGCUGGAAGGCGAGCUGGCAGAGCCCCUGGAGGGCGUGUCAGCCUGCAUUGGGAACUGCUCCACAGCCUUGGAAGAGCUGACAGACGACGUAACAGACGAGUUUCUGCCUGUGCUCAGGGAAUACAUUCUGUACUCUGACUCCAUGAAGGGUGUAUUGAAGAAGAGGGACCAAGUGCAAGCAGAGUAUGAAGCCAAACUGGAAGCUGUGGCUCUGAGAAAGGAAGAUCGUCCCAAGGUGCCCGCAGAUGUGGAGAAGUGCCAGGACAGGAUGGAGUGCUUCAACGCUGACCUGAAGGCGGACAUGGAGAGGUGGCAGAGCAGCAAGCGGCAUGACUUCCGGCAGCUGCUGGUGGGCUUGGCUGACAAGAACAUCCAGUAUUAUGAGAAGUGCCUCAUGGCGUGGGAGUCAAUUAUUCCACUACUGCAAGAGAAGCAAGAGGCCAAGUAGAUUUGUUCUUGGAACAGAGACACUUCUGCCUCCACAGGGCAUGGUGCCCUGACCAGAAUGUCGCCGCGGUGCCGGAGGGGUGGCCGUGGGAAAAGAGCACAGCAGCACCUCCUGUGUAUACGUUCUCCCCGCCCCACAGUUGUUUUCGGUUAGUAUUUAUUCUUGGUGGAGCCUGUGAGGCUGUAGUCAUCUCUCAGCAGAAGCAUACCUCUGUGUUGUGAAGAGCCCUCCUAAAGGGAGCACUACGAAGACUUGAGACUGAGGGGCAGGACAGUCCCCACCAGAUGACAAAUGCCAUCACUUUGGAGCAGUCCAGUUGCUAUUGUUGGACAAAACCCAGGUCCUGCUUUUCAGGGACACGGGGAGACAAGACUACGGCAGCUGUGGAGAGCCUGUGGCUCUGCACUUUACCCUGAGGGCACUGACCUGUCCCAGCAUGGAAGGGGUGUGGGGACCUUCUUGGAAAGCCCUUAAUUUACAGUGGCCUGUAGCUGUGGCUGUGGCCUCCUGCCUGCUCGUGAUGAGUGGCAUCCAUUUACUUGUUUUGGUUCACAUGGGGCCAUUUAAAUCAGUGUCUGUGAGCGUUGAUGCCUGAAUGAGCAAGCCAGCGUCCUUGUCCUUAUGUGAUGCCUCAGGAAGCUGAAGGGAAUGCGCCCGGAUCUUGUUUCUGACACCAGAACGCAGUAGAGGAAAAGCUUUUUGGUGUGAACUGGGAAAAAAGGUGCAUUUUUCUCUGCGAAGGUCUUAGUGUUGCUUGUUAACCGUCAUUAUGAAGAAAUUAGACCUGUUCGGGAGCAGCUGCUGUUUUACAGUCAGUGAUGUUCCCAUGUGCCAAGCCCUAGCCCCGAUGUCGCCUUUACCUCACCAAAUAUGUCUAGUUCAGCACUUCCUGCUGUGCCCGCUGACUGGGCAGCGUGGUGGUGAGGGCUGUGUGUUGCCUUGUCAUGGCUGAUUUGUAAACUCAGUGUAAUUACUCCACAUGGGUGUUUUAACCUUCAAAGUUCCGUGGUGAGGAAGAAAAGCAUCUGCAGGUCCCUCAGAGACGAGAAGAGUGGCAGCGGACUCUUUGCUCUGCUCCCUGUGGAAAGCUCCAUUUGCAGCUCAAAUCUGGGAGUUGCAGGCUGUGUUUAAAGUCUUCAUUUGAAACUUUUCAAAUUGCCAUAAAACCAACAGUCACAAAGGAGCUCUUCCAUAUAUUCUUGCUGAGAAGAAGCUGCAUAGUACAUUCUUCGACCUGUGACUCUUUGCUAAAAAUCCAUAAAUCUGAGCUACAGGUAGAUGGAAGGGUGUUGUUUGUAAGAUGAAGUGGAGCAUGGCUUCACACACGAGUCAAUUUGCAGUCGAGUCAACACACCUCAUGCCAAGUCCUGUCACUCCCUCUAACAUGGAGUCGGCCUCAGUCAGCUGCAUCUGGACAUCACAGGACAUUGGCUAGACAGCAUGAGACAAUUUGUCUUUUCCUCACAUUUGACAAAUUUGUGAUUGAAGUAAUAAUUCCUGCAUCUAUCGGUACUUGCCUAAACCCCAUCUGUGCCAUCCCAAAAUCCUUUGAUGUGAAAUUUUUUUUUUUUUUUUUUUUUUUUUUGGUACAAAUAGCAAUGAGCUGCUGAAGCAGAAGAGUAAGAACGACGGUUCGCACACCCAAUUCCAGUGACUCAGCAUCUCAUUCUACCUCCAAACCAUCGGGUGCGGGUGUGAAUGCUCAGAGCCACCCCAAGCACGCUGGUAGAGCGUCUAGACCCCAACAGGCCCCCAUUGAUGUGCAUCAGGGGACAGCAGGCUGGCCAGCAGUGAUGUUCAUCUUUGGGAAACAUGAAGCUUUGCUUCUCAGUGUCUGGUGUAAUGAUGCUUGAAAAGAACUACAGAAAGAAUUAUGGAGAAGCUAAAAUUUGAUGAAACUCCAAGUCAGUCCUAUGUGCCGAUUAGUUAUGCUGGAAGUAAACCUUGUUAAAAACAGCCCUGGGCUGCACUGGGGAGUCUGGAGAGGGAAGCAGGGUCCGCAGGCCCUCCCUCAUGAGAGAUGGCUCUCAUGCAUCUUGAAAUUUUUUUCUUGUUCUGCUUAUGUCCCCUGGUAAGCAGUGUUCCUAGGCUUUGAGUUUCCAGAAAGAACUGGAAUAAUAGAGACUUUCUUUCCUCUAGGAAUGAUGUCAGUGGCAGAGCCAGGGACACCCAUGCACAAGGAGGCACUCUUGUCCCUGUCCUCAGGCUAGCAGCUGGUGAGCUGAGGAGGCUGGUCCAGAAGAAUAGGGGCAGUGGAAAGUGAAGGGGGCCCCUUCCCCUCCCUCCCCUCCCCUCCCCCGAGCUCUGCAAACUCAACAGUCGCAAGCAUGCACAAAAGAGAUUCCCCACGCGAAACAUAGCUCAGAGACUACAGUGCCAAAAUGCCUCAGAGAGGCUCCAUUACUUUCUGGAGUUAAAAAGGUUUUGCCCUGAAGUCGCGGCCCCUCUGGUUUAUUUUCCACGAGACUUUUCCUUUAGGCUGCACGACCACACUCUCUACCGCAGGCAGAGGGAUAGAGAGAGCUUUUGAAGCCUAACCACAUGACAGUGAAAUGAAAGUUGGCUCAGAUAAGUACCCAGGUCCUGAGAAAUGGGGGGGCUUGCUUACCAGGUUCGAAUCUGCAAAGGCAGAAAAGCCAAGGAGAUGUGAGAGAUGAGGCUAUUUAGGGCACACUUGUGGUUUGUAGCAGGAAAGACCACUGCCGGUGUUGGGAAUUUGCAAGAAGAAUCUGGGCUGCUCUACUGCAAACAGGCUUUGCUCUGGAGUGAGGAGAGAAUGACUCCUCAGCCUGUGUGGGGCUGUCUUAUCCUCGCCGAAGGCUCAGCAGUGACUACUGGUGAAUGAGGAGUAGGGUUAGGGAGGCAGUGAGCUUGGUGCUCUCAACUCAGCAGAUCUCUCCCUUAGCUGAAAUAAGAAAACCUAGCAUGCCCUUGGCAUAGAAGUGGAAUAUAAGAUAAGUCCCUUCAUGCCAAAUGGAGUGCGCUGGUUGUUGCGUAGGUGUUCUUUCGGCCUUUAAACAGGAAACCAUUCGUGCACACUCCAGCUUUUGGUAAGGGCUCAAUGGCAGUUUUGAUUUCAGAAGUGAGCUUGAUGGCAAUUUUCUCUUCUAGGACAGCAAGUAAAGAACACGCAGAGUGUGUCGGGUCCUGUCCUGUAGCCCUGAUGCCCUGGGUAGCUGACUCUGUUUCAGGGUCCUGCCCUGUAGCCCUGAUGCCCUGGGUAGCUGACUCUGUUUCAGGGUCCUGUCCUGUAGCCCUGAUGCCCUGGGUAGCUGACUCUGUUUCAGGGUCCUGUCCUGUAGCCCUGAUGCCCUGGGUAGCUGACUCUGUUUCAGGGUCCUGCCCUGUAGCCCUGAUGCCCUGGGUAGCUGACUCUGUUUCAGUGAGGUCAGUUGAGUCAUGGAGGUGCACCUACACCACACUACCCUGAGCUUGUUGGGGUGGGUAGAGCAAGGCCAAGGCCAGCCUAGGAGGCUCUUGGCCCUACUGAUGGCGGGCUUAGGGUGGACUAGAACUGGGCUUCCAUCCCACUAGGUGGAGCUGGUGACCUUGAAGGCUGAUUUUUUUUCCCCCCAGAGGAUCAGCUGCCUGUGGCUGGGGCGAGGCACAGCCUUCCGGGUCCCACUGACCCAGAGAGGGUCUUCAGAAAUCAAGUAAGCUAAGUAUAUGACUGGGAGACCUGAGUCACCCUCAUUUAGAGAAUUAUGUUGGGAAUUUGGGGUUGCCUUCUCUCUUCCAGAGCCUUCAGGAUGGCAGUAGAUCAGAUGUGCCUUCUCAUCAAAUGUGGUUUUCUCUGCUCGGACAGCAGGUGGCACUUAGCAGUACAGUUGAGGAAAAUGGCCAAACAGAUGAGGUGUGGAUGUUGGGGCUGCUCGCUUCUUCCCUGUGUAUAAGUUGAAUAAUCAGGGACCCAAUAUUUUACCAACCCACUCUGCAGGCUGCUAGUGUUCCAUUUUGAAGGUGUCCCCGUGGUUGCGCACAUCAGAAGACAGGACUCUCUGUGUUCAGGAAGGGUGAGGUGAGGGCUGUUACAGGGCAGGCUGUUACUUCUUAGUCAUGUCUGUCUGAAAUAUCCCUAGGUAUGACCGUCCGACCCUUUCUAUGUGGCAGAAACCAUGUUCCCAAAGUGGUUUUUAACUACUGUAAUUUGUAAAUAAGUGCUGUGGGGGGAAAACACUUUUAAGAGACCAAUAAGAUGUGUCUUGUAUUUAUACACUCAGCACUUGAAAACCAACACAUCCAGAGAAAGCCACAGACUGUUAAAAGCCUAAUUGUAGUUUGUAACAAUUUGUCAGUACCUACUAAUUGCCUUAUUCUUCAGCUAGUGUUUUAAAAAGUCUGCGUAGAAAGUUUUACACAUGGAAGCAGUUGGUCUAGAAAGUUAAUAUAGGCAGUCUUCAGUCCUCCCAGAAGCCAGACGGUGAGGGCAAUGGCAGGAAGGUGGCCUUCCGGUGGCAAGAUUAAAUAUUGCUGUUACCAAAUGGUCUUUGAAAUAAUAUCAGGAAGCGGGGACCACGCGCUGUUUGAUUUUGAGUGAGAAAUACAUGGUGUGCUUUAGCAUAAUUCGGGAGUGGAGGAUACAAACAGUAUCAGCAGUGACUAAUUGCAUAGCUUCAGAGACGCCUCUAGAAUACAGCAGCAUGGAAGGUUUGCUCUGCUUCUGCAGAAUCGGCUCCAGAGAUAUUCUCCAAAGGUUAAAAUGCCAAACAGAACCUGUUCUGACUCGUUCAGUACUAAAGAGCUGCAUUUGGGCGUGCUUCUCUUGGAAGUACUGUUCAAGUAUGGGGGACUAUGGGCUUUCCACAGUCCACGUCACAGCAGAGAACACGUGUGCAUGCUGCUGUUGGACAGGCUGGGCCACAGCCGUAUGUUCCGCCACGAGACCGACGCCGAGACCCAAGCUCUGCCAGAAAUGAUGCUGAAGGGAGAAGGGGUUUUUCCCAGACUGCAAAGCAACGUUUGGAUUGGUAGAACAAAGCACUGGCUGUGCCAGCUGGGCCUUCAUCCAGGAACAAACCCGCACAAACCAGCAUCUUACAGUCAGCACCAUCACAGGCUAGAUGGUGCUGAGGCAGGGCCGCUCCCUCGGAGCCCCUGCUCACUGCAUUUCUGUUUCCGUGUGCCUCUUCCCUUCAAGCCUGAGGCAGGAGUACAUGGAGAGACAGCCUACAUCUGACAGACUCCCCAGAAACAAACUGCCAGCAAACUUUCUAACUCGUAUUUUAACUGUUCAAGGGGGGAUUGGAACAAAUUUUUGGACUUUUUUUUUUUUUUUUUUUAAAUCUUUAGGUUUAAGACUUUCAGAGAAAGAAGGCUUCCGAGGUAUGGAGUCCUGUUGUGUGCUAUCUCUCCACGCUGCCAUUAAGCCAAAACAAAAGCUGUGAAGAAUGUGUGUUGAUAAGAAAGUGAUUUAUUUACAGAUCCAAGUCUUUGUCUCAAGAAACUACCAAAAAAGAAUGUCACCUUUUUUCUUUAUUAUGGCUAGAGAGUAUAAAAAGAAAACAAGUUGUUUUGUUGUAUUUUUGAUGCUGGCACAAAGUUCUUGUCCACUUUUUUUUUUUUUUUUUUUUGUAUAUCUGUAUGUAAGAAAUUUUGUUUACUAUGGAAUUAGUAUUACAUUUUGAGGUAAACAAAGAAUUUGUAUUGCUUGAUAAACUAUUAGCUUGUAAAUAAAAAAAUUCUUUACCUCAGUUAACUUAAAGUAAUGGACCAAUAAACCUAUGAAAGAUGCUUUAUUAA